CCCACUUGACUUGACUACGCCACCAUGACCAUGCAAUUGGGUGCUUAAACAAUCAAAUUCUAAUUAGAGUUUGUCUUCACCCUCCAUAUUAUUUGAUUGACUCCCACUAGACUCGCCUUCUGCGAACUCCAUGUCUGCAUCUUCCUGUGAGAAAUUUUGGUUCUGAAAUUGAAGAAAAAAGCAGAGUUAUGGGAAGGAUCGCAGCACUGCCCAUUGUUGGGAUGGUGUUGGCUGAGUGUGCACAAGCUGGGCUAAUUAUAAUAAGCAAAAUAGCCAUGUCCAAUGGCAUGAGCAACCUCAUCUUCCUCUGCUACUCCAACGCACUCGCCGCCCUCAUUCUCCUCCCAAUUUCUCUAGUCUUCCACAGAUCUGAGCGUCCUCCUCUCACUAUCUCGAUAAUCGGAUGGUUCUUCUUGCUUGGUUUAAUUGGAUUCAUGGCGCAGUUUCUUGGGUAUGCUGGGAUUAAUUUUAGUUCUCCUACUCUGAGUACAGCUAUGCUCAACCUCAUUCCAGCUUUUACCUUUGUACUUGCAGUUAUCUUCAGAAUGGAAAGAAUUGACAUGAGAAGCUUCAGUAGCCUAGCCAAAACAGUGGGAACAAUAGUUUCAAUUUCAGGGGCUUUCAUUGUGACUCUUUACAAGGGACCCCCAAUUCUGAAGACAUCCUCAAGUGUUAUGACUGAUGUGUUGUCUCAUAAACAACUUAUCUCAGAACGGUCAAACUGGGUACUUGGAGGAGUGUGUGUAGCGGCUAAUUGUGUGUUGGCCUCAGCUUGGAUUAUCGUACAGGCAUCAGUCCUAAAGAAAUACCGCGCCGAGCUGAUCAUGGUCUUUUAUUAUUGCUUCUUUGUUGCUAUUCAAUCUGUAGUAGUCUCUUCAAUUUUAGAAAGAGACCUGCGUUCGUGGGAAUUAACUCCUAAAAUCAGGUGGAUCGCUGUUCUAUACUCGGCAGUGUUUGGCUCAGCAUUCCAGGUUGGUGUAUCUACUUGGUGCCUUAGAAGGACAGGGCCUGUUUUCGUAGCUAUGUUCAAGCCUUUGGGGAUUAUCGUUACAGUUUUCAUUGGUGUUACCUUCUUAGGGGAUACUUUCUACCUUGGGAGUUUGAUAGGGGCAAUUGUUAUUGUCAUUGGAUUUUAUUCUGUGAUGUGGGGCAAAGCCAACGAAGAGAAGAUGGAUGAGGAUGCAGGGGAAGAGAGCCUGGCAUCAAUCAAACAGCAGGUCCCUCUAUUGCAAAGCCACAUUGAAGAAAUAUAGAAGUUUUUUUUUCAGUUGAUCACCCUGUGAGGUCUCUCUUGCCAAACAAAAUGGUAAUCUCUGUUGCUUUUGUCAGUUCUUUUAGAAUGCUACCCCUUCCUUGAUCCCCGAAAACUGGGAUAUGUUAUUGUGGGAUUGGUUUGCUCAGGCCGUGACUAGUGAGUGUAAGUCACCCUACGUAAUGCAGUUGCAAUGAAGAUCCAUUUGUUAUUGGAAUCCUAUAUACAUUGAUUCAAACACAGUGUGUUGGUGUAAACUGAGCAUAGCUGCAAAUUCGCUGCAAACGUGAGUUGUCAUGAGAAGCAUGCCAUGCCCAUUGGCACUGAUACUAACGAAAUAUUAUGACUCCCCUGUUUCAGUUUAUAUAUUGUCCAAGAGAGUAGAAAUCUCAAAAGACAAUGCAAGCUCAUGUAUCUUACAUUAGCUGUCUCCUCCUGCAAUGAGGAGCCAGUUUUCUUGCCUGGCCGUUAAUCAACCUUUCGAGCUACUAAAGCGUUUGUGAAUAAUUUGUAGAGUUUCUAUGUAUUUUCUAUUGUCAACGCACUGGUAUCGUACUUAAACUUCAACAA